AUGUUCCAGGUGAACAAGAUGAAUCUGAUUGCUCGGAAGUUGCAACUGGAACCAGGAAUGACGGUCGUCGACCUUGGCUGUGGUUGGGGCACGUUGUCCUGCUUCCUGGCCUCUAAUUACGGCGUCAAAGUGACCGGGGUCAAUAUCUCGACGGAGCAGGUCAAAUUCGCCAGGGAACUGGUGGCUCAACGAGGACUAGAAAACCAAGUCACUUUCAUCCUCGACGACUACCGGAAUUUGAGCGGAAAAUUCGACCGACUCGUCGCGGUCGGGCUCCUGGAGCACGUGGGACUCAUGAACAUGCCGGAAUUCUUCGACGUGGCCCAUCAGGUUCUGAAACCCGGUGGACUCGCUCUCGUUCAUUGCAUCACCAGCGGGAAAACAGUGCACGUGCAAGUAGAUCGGUUCAUUCAAAAGUACAUCUUCCCCAACGGGUAUUUGCCGAGUCCCAAGUUGCUGGUGAAAUACGCCGAAAGCAAAUUCGUUGUCGAGGACAUGCAGAACUUUGGCGUGGACUACAUGCGCACUUUGCAUGUUUGGCACAAGCGAUUCAAGGCCUGUGUGGCCAAGGGGGUCUUUGACCCGGAGAAGCAAGACGAGACCUUUGUUCGCAUGUGGGAAUUUUAUCUUUUAUACAGUGCAAGCGGGUUCAAGGCGAGGAUUAUCCAUCUGUACCAGGUCGUGUACUCGAAGAAACGACCUGAGAUUUACAUCGCUCCUCGGUAAAUUGUUAAUUACCGAAACUUUGGAUUGACAUUUCGAAACUAUCAAGUUCCCUAUUUGAUACUACCGUACAGAAUAAAGGUUAUUCCUGCGGACGUCAGCCCUUGAAGAGCUUUAUGUCAAGAAAAGCGGGUUUACAAGCUUCAUCGGUGCCUUAAAAUAAAGUAAUACUGUAUACGAAGCGAUUUAAAUCCCUGCAUAAUAGUUGAAAUUAUUCUAACGGUCGUCCGAUCGUUAAAAUUUACUGAAAGAAGGUCAAUAGAUUUCGGGGAUGAUGCGGUUUAGAAGCUUGUUAGUACCAAAGUGUCCCUUGAAAUGAAGCACCAGGCGAUUAAUAUUCCUCUCUCAAAUAACGCAUUAUUCGCUCAUGCCUUCAAGCUUUGAAAAGUUGAUUGCAAGAAAGAUCAAUAUAUACCAAAAAUGAUCCACAAGUUUUUUCCAGUACUUUCAAAUUUAGUACAUCACCUAUAUUUUAAUUGCUUCAGGCACCCAUUUUUUAGUGCUGUUUAUGAGAACUUACCGAAGCAUGACGGGAUAACCACGACAGGACUAAAAUAGGAAUCCCUGUCCAAUAUAUUGUUCUGGAGUUUUCGUUCAUUCUACAAUUUUCUGAUUUUCUUUGAAUGCAAAUGCCUAAAGUGAAACUGACAUAUUAUGUUCUUCCAUUUCAGGAGCGAAACAUAAGGAUAAAGAACUAUACAAGUAUUUAAAAUGCCUAAAAAACUACUUAGGUUUAGAAAUUGAUUCUAACAUGAAACAUAUAUCUGAUUAGUGAUGACCGCCUAAACAUGCACUGCAUCAAGAUUUCAAUUAACUUCCUACCAGCAGCCUCAGAAGCAUCGAUCAAGUGCAAAUGAUGGCUUCUGAGAUUUCCGAAAAACAAUGGUAGUUUCGUGAGUUUUGGUGGAGGACACUCAAAUUUGAAACAGGACGCAUGUGUCCAUGCAGCUUGAUUCUGGCACAUUGUAUAUAGAUAGUAUUUUUCCUUGAGCACUGUUCAAUUCAACGUCGUUCAAUCAUCAAUUUGGGUGCAGGAUAAAAUCCCGUGAGAGAAAAAAUCCCGCGGCCCAAAAAUCCCGCGCGGCCGAAAAUCCCAUAGGCCCAAAAAUCUCGGAAGGUCCAAAAAUCCCGUAGGUACGAAAAUCUCGA